UAACGCUUUGCUCUAGCACAUACGACCAUACCUACUGGAAAGCUCGGGAUCCCGUCCGCUCUCCCCUAGAUAAACCAGUAAGGGCCAGAUUAGUAGUUGGGUCGGUGACGACCAGCGAAUCCCUGGUGUUGUAUGUCUUUUGCCCCCUUUUUCACUCUAGUUAUUCCCUGUAUAAUAUCCACUAGAAACCCGGGAUCUGUACCAUCUCCCGUAGAUGUCCAAACCGGUAAAAACCUAACCUGGAAGUUGGGGCGGCGACGAACAUGUCAUUGUCCGUCUCUGGAGGGACCCCCCCUUUUUAGUGCAGCAUUCUCCAUCCAGACCUACCCUAACUACAUAGGCUUGCAAAACUUGCAAGCCGUAUAAUCAGCAACUCUGAUCGUCCCCUCGUGAUGUACCAGUACCAGGAACAGCUGACUGAUGAUCCCUCGCUGCGCGAUUGGGAUCCACAGGACGCUCAGAGACCUCACCCUCCCCAUACCACACGAGCUUAUCACUCCCCUGCCGCGAAGCAGACACAGCGUGCUGUCCAGCGUAACUCGGCGCCGUGUCAUCGCCUCCCAGGAACAUUGAGCCAUGCCCAUAUCCGC